AUGGCAACCUCACAACCAUAUAAUAAUAACAUAUCGUUUGACAAAAAUACAACAAAAGAAACAGAUCAGGAUAAAAUUAAUCAAAUAUUUACUGAAUUCGGUCUUGAUCCACGUGAUUAUAUUUUUCAAUCAUCACAAGAUUUAAUAUCUGAGCAACCUGAACUUUUAUCUAAAUCAGAUUCACAAACAUUAUUUACAUCAGAACGACCACUUUCAUACGUUCAACAAUUUCCUCCUCCUCCACCACCACCAAUAAUUAAUCGUCAACUAUCUCAAUUACAAUCAUCAAACGAUAUGACUCAAAAUAGAUCUUCGGCACGACGAACACCACCACCACCUCCAUCUCCUGCAUUUCCUUCAUUUAAUACUCCUAUAGAUGAUCCAAAUUUAAAUGCUGAAUAUUAUUUAAAUAAAAUUAAUGUAAUUGAUAAUCCACCUGUUAAAGUACUUAAACCAAAUACAGAAAAUGUUGUCUACAAAAAAGAAAUUCGUAUUCGUUAUUUACAACCACCUACACCACCACCACCAGCACCAAUUAUUAUUCGAGAAAAACAAUUACCUUCAAAACCACCAGAAUCACCACUUUUUAUACGUGAAAGAAAACCAGAACCAAUUACACCACCACCAUUAACUAUUCGUGAACGACCACCAACUCCACCACCACCAUUGGAAGCUUGUAUUAUUGAUAAACCUUUACCACCACCUCCACCACCACCCCGUCAAGUGAUUAUUGAACGUUUACCAACUCCACCACCUAAACCUCGUACAGUUAUAUUUGAAAAAUGGUUACCAUAUAAAAAAGUUAAACGUCCUAUUCUAUUAGAAAAAGCUCCACCAUUACCACCAAUUAAACCAACACGUAAUGUUAUUAUUGAAUAUGAACCAUUAAAAGCUUAUACAGUACGACGUGUAAUUGAAGAAGGUGUUUUUCGUGUUGAUCCAAAUCAAUAUUUAAAUUAUUUUUCACAAGAACGAGAUGGAAAUGUACGUAUUGUUGAUCGUAUUGAUGAUUUACCACCACCUAGUGAAGAAUUAAUGCGUGUAAUAAAAAAUUAUAAUCAACAAAAUUCAUCUGAUUAUAAUACAAAUGUAUUACCACAUCUUGAUCCAUUGAUGAAUGUAUCAAAUUUAUCGAAUACAACAAGUCAUCGACAAGAACGUGUUCUUACACCAAGUCGUAGAUUAUCAAAUCCUAGUCCAUCUAUUCCACCGUUUCAAAAUUUACAAACAAAAAAUUCCAAUCAUACAUCUAAUGGCAAUUCAUUACCAUUAAAAAACUGA